GCGACAUUUUCGGUGCCGGGCGAGGCUGGCACGGCCGUGUUGAGCAAGCGAGUGCUCUUGAGUGAGGUGGCUGAGCCGAACGCAGCAGUGCCUCUUGACAGAACCUCAUAUGAAGCGGGCUGGUGACUCGUUGCCAGGGGACACCGCCACCGCAGCGACCAGCUGUGAAUCGGACGAUGAAAAUUGGGUCAACGAGCUCGAGUUGGAAUUGAAGCUGGAAGUGAAGAAGAAGCCUAAGCUCACUGCAGCACCCGACUUUCCCCACGACGUGUUGUUGAUCUUGUUCACGUUCGUGUCGGUGGGACGGGUGUGCAAGGCAUGGAGUCUCGCGAGUGCUGAAGUCACGAGAGGGAAGCUCGUGAAAAGUCUGGAGCAGGUGUUUGACCAGUUCGCGCCGGGCGACCCCGCGUGCCAGUACCUGGGCAAGGUCAUCGAGGCUGAGCUUCACGCUCAUCACAAUACAUGUGACUUCUCGAUCUCGAAGGGAUAUCGGGACAAAGCUCGCAUGCUGCUCUUCAACCUCCGCGACGUCAAGAACGAUCUGCUGCGGUGCCGCAUGUUCUCGGGGGAACUCACUCCCAUGGCACUGGUGCGCAUGAAAUCGCGGGACAUGGCGAAUCCGCAUUUAGUAGCUCAACGCAAAGGAUGGAUCAAGGAACGGACGGCUGAAGUCACGCGGAACGUUCGCCAUUUCCACGGGAUGGUCGAGUCCAACAUGUUUACGUGUCCGUCGUGCGGAAGCAACAGGACACAGCACUGCCAAGGCCGAAGGAAAGCUAGUGCCGAUCGCCUCUGCAUUGUCGUCAUGUGCUGCCAGUGCCCCCAUCGGUGGCAGGUCUAACACCACAAACGCUCGUUCAAACUUUAUUCGGUCAGGAGCUUGCCUCUUGCACGACGAGUUGGAGCAUACGGAAGCUGGACAAACGCGCCCACGGCGUCAAUGUGAGAUGCACACCGACGACCUUUGCAGCUCCCUGGGCUCCCGGUGUGGCCAACGCGGCUCGAGUUGGCUGGAACUCCAAGGGGCCAACCUGCAUCUCGCAGAGCUCGUCCCGUGCUUUUUGGCAGAGAAAUCUAGCUAGAUGUUGGGCAGAUUUACAACGAAGAGCCAAAUGUGAACUCUGUCAA